UUAAAAACGAAGACGCACAGUGCACCACUUAUAGCGGUAUAUCAUAAACGUAAUAAGUCUUUCAAAUGCUGUUGUAGUUUUAAAUCAAGACAAAAAUAUAUAUAUAUAGCCACUCUUGUUAAAAAAUGAAGACGCCCCCUCAGAAACGCGUGUAUCCUAAACUGCCUGUGUGGAUAGUGGAGGACCAUCAUGAGGUUGUGAAGCACAUAUAUCGUGCCAUUGGCUCGAAACAUAUUCCAAUGAAGGGCAUUAAAAUGGUCCAUUUGGACUCCCAUCCUGAUCUCCUCAUCCCUGUGAAUAUGCCUGCUGAUACCGUGUAUGACAAAGAGACUCUGCUCAGUGAGCUGAGCAUUGAGAAUUGGAUUAUGCCAAUGGUCUAUGCUGGACACGUAUCCCACGUAGCCUGGCUGCAUCCGUACUGGGCUCAGCAGAUCAAAGAAGGAGAGCAUUCUAUGUGUGUGGGGAAAGAUUCAUCCACGACCACCAUCAGGGUCACAAGCACAGACGAUUACUUUUUGAGUGACGCUCUUUACGUUCCUCUGGAUCAGCUGGAAAACCCAAAAGAGUUGCAGUUAAAUGUCAUUCGAGUGGAUCCUGUUGACCGUACGCAGAAAAGGACACCUGAAAAUGGGCAAAGUGGUGCUAAAUUACCUAAAUCAGCUGUAAAAGAGGAGAAUGAUGUGCAGUUGAAAAGGGACGCCCCGUGCACUUCCUCUUGUCAACCGCUUGAUGGCAGCACUGCGUCAGGAAACGGCAGUCACACAGUCACGAAAGCUGAUGAGGGGUCAACAAGCUGCAUCACUGAACGGCUUUCAGCAGUUAUAGAGCAGUCUGACCCUUUCAUACUUGACAUUGACUUGGAUUUUUUCUCCUGCAAGAACCCUUUCAAGGAGAUGUACACACAGGAAGAGUACGCUCUCCUGCAAGAGUUAUACAGCUUUAGCAGGCCACAGCAGGAUUCAGAUGAGGAGCAGCUCUUAGAUUGUGUAGAGAGACGCACUCACCAGCUUGAAGACCUGGAGGCUGCAUUUGCUGAACUGGUAGAGGAUGACGGCCAGGAAACUGUUGAACGUUUAGCAGCAAACCCAGGAAUGAAAUCUCUUGUCAGACUUGUACACAGCCUUAAGAAUCGAACUCAGUCACCGGACUAUGAAAUGGUGCAUCAAGCAGGCUUGACCUGUGAUUACUCUGAGCUCCCUCACCACAUCAGCAGUGAAGAGGAGAUCCAGCAAAUGAUCACGGCUGUGCAGCUCUUCUUGGAAAGCAUGCCCAAACCCACCAUAGUCACUAUAUCCAGAUCCAGUUUGGAUGAGUAUUGCCCAGCGGAGCAAGUGGAUUCUAUCCAGAACAGUGUGCUGAACAUUCUAGAGACCCUCUUUGGCUGCUUAGAUGUUCACAGAGAGUAUGAAUCAAUACCAUCAGAGAGCACAUCACAGACCCCAUGAGGAGGGAGGUUAAAUUCAGCAGCAGCUGCGGCAUGUUCUUUACCAGUAGCUGCUUUCAGAGGGUGGAUGUAGCAAAGCUUUUAAAACCAUGCUGUGAUUUGCCGUGUACUCUGUUACUGCCUGCAUUGAGUGCAUAUGUAACAAUGAGGUUGAGAUGCGAACAUAAAGGGAAAUGAGUUUUCAAUUUAAGAGGUUUUCUUCUAUGUAUUUUUGAAGUGCAUGUAUUCAAAAUAAGAGAUGCUGAAACCUUGGGUAAUAAUUUUUCUGUGUUGUCACCAAAAUGAUGGUUUAUUAGCACAGUAAAGUAAAAACCCCAAGACUUUCGUAUGAAUUCCGUGCUGUAGUCAGUCAUUCAUCCCUCGUGUAUGCAUACUUCAGUCUGGGAAUAGCAGAUGCAUUGAUAUAAGACCGCACAUUUCCCCUCUUCCUGUGUGGCCCCUUGUGCCUCGGCUGUCUUUGUCUGAAACCUGAGGCGGUUACCAAUUCAUGUGAGCUUUGUACAUGGCACCCUCCUUUAUUGCUCUAUGCCUGCAGACUUCAAGACUGCCCUCAAUAUGGCUGACCUGACUUUACAUUUCACUGCAUGACAAAACAACUAUGAGCGACACUGACGAAGCAAAUAAAUGCAGUAAAAAAAAACAAGAUAAAAACCAUAAUUUUCGUAAG